AUGGUCGUCGACGUGCCAGAGGAAGUGCAGUGGGCUUUGGCGCGGCCGUUGCCGCAUCCGUGCCCUCGGAAGUUGCAUCAUCCUGGGGAGGGCUGUGGUUGUGCACGUCGCCUGGACCUUCUGGUGCCCCAUGGCCAUUCGAGGAUGGCCGACCGUGGCUCUGUCCACAGCGCCCGACUCCAGAACUUGCGCUGGCGCCUGACGUCCCCGGCGCUGCGGCGCAGGUUUCCGAGCUCGGAGAAAGUGAGGAAUUCCUUGCCACUUUGUCUUCGAGCUUUAGCAGUGGAUCACAAGGGAGAUGCAGCCUGCAAGACCUUGCGGCCACUCUCACCGGAUCGCAAGCUCCGCCGCAGCGUCAUGUCCGGAGCGAAGCGCGUGUCCAGUCCAGAUUGCUGUUAUGCUACGCCGCAGAGGGAGGAGUCACCCGAGGUGAUCGACUUCGACCCGCCGUCCACGAGCAAAGCGCCGCGGCCGCCGCGCGUCACCUUCAAUGAGGAGUUGAAUUCCGUGGUGCCCGUGAUCGCCGCACGAGAGAAGGGCAACCUGAAGCCGGUCCAAACGGAUGGCAGCGUUGACAUCACCGGGAGGACAGAGAUGCUCGCCCGGAAAAACUUGCGGGCCAUGAGUGAAAACCAUCGAGUCAUCCUCAAACGGUGCGAAAAGUGCUUUGACUUCUUGCAAUCGCUCUCCUCGCUCUGGUCGCUGAAGAGAGUUUGCGACUCGAAGUUGCAGUUGCCUUUGCAACUGCAUUGA